AUGAAUAACAAACGGCUCUGUGUCAAUAGAAAAUCCCAAAGCAAUUUAUCAUUGCUUCGUAGUUCUCCAGGUGGUAUCCUUUUCUCAAGUGUAGCCGGUGGUCCUCUGCAUGUUCAUUCUCCAGACAGAAAUUCUGAAAACUUUGCUGCAAAGUCUACUGAUGACCCUAAUAUAGAGUUGCCAACCAUCAGUGUUCGCGAAGUUGAUGAAAUACUUAGCAGUUUAACAACUCCAAAUUCCUCCCCAGUCAAGACAGCAAGUGGUACUUCUGGCAUAAUCAAUGCCCAUCCCAAUUACUGUGAUACACGUGAUGGUUUGUGUCAUAAUGUUGCCCAGCACAACAAUAAGCAGUCAUUAGAGAAGAACUUAUUUGAUGGAGUGGAGUGCUCACCAAAUCCUGUGGAAACAAACAGUGUGAAAAAUGCAAACAUCACAGAACGAAACCUAAAUGGUAUUUCACAGAUUUGCAUUAAAAGUAAUGGCGCGGGUAGAAUAUCUACGUCAAGUACAUGUCGUAAUGCAGCUGAAAAUUUGUCUAGUAGCAAAUAUACUCUUGGAAAUUCUUUUUUGCGAAGUACGAGUUUUAUGUGUCCUGAGAGAAAGCGUCACACGGAUACUGACCUACGUACGAAUCAAGCUAACCGUAAAAAUAACACGAAAACUGUAUCUUUGCAGUCUAUGAUGGAUAUCCUACCAUUAUUUCCAUCUUGCCGAAGUGUAGCUGAAUUAGGUGCUUUGGCACUUGGGCCUGAAUCUGAAAAAACGACAGAUCAUAGUUUCCAUAAACAAAAAUCUGUGUCAUUGCAUCCCAAAGCAUGUUCUGGUACCAACCUGUGCAAACCACCCUUUAAAAUGCAAAUUUCUAGUUCUUCUCGUGAUCGUUCUCCUAUUGGUAGUUUGGAUCUAGCUACUCAUAGUAGAUACCAAAAUGCAAGUGCUUCAAGUGUUCAAGAAGCGACUAAAUACCGACAGGCCUACCUUUCUGUACGCAAAGCGAAUCAAGCCAAGGUUUUGUCAAAAUCCACUACGACUGUACCAUCCUCCGUUCUUGAGAGCAAAAACCAAGACACACCGAAGAAUCAUCAUGUUUCCUACCAAACGCCAAAUAAUGAUCAACUUACAGUUCAUUUAAAAUACAAUUCAGAUGAUCGUUUCAAGCAUAUUUGCCCUCAUCCAAGAUGUGGUCGUAGAUAUCAGGCUGAGAUAGGCCUUCUACGUCAUUUGGUUAAAUAUCAUGGGGAACAGAUUGAAUUACCUCGAAGAACUAGUUCUGCAGCCAAUCAACGCUUGGUUAGACGUCCAGCUUCAGAGGAAAGAACUAUUACUUCAGUUGGAUUUGAUGAAACUGAUGAAAUAGUGG